GCGUCAAACCCACUUCAGGGCUGUUUUAAAAACAAAUCCUAAUUCUGGACUACAAUCAUAUUCGAUGCUAUUUCCCGUGAUUACGAUUUCCAUGCGGUGAGAUCCAGAGGCAAAACUUGAAUCGAUUUACGUGCAGUCAUGGAGCACAUCGCUUUGGUCCCGCAGCGCGUACAGCCCUCGCCGCGGGCAGCGCGUAAAAGCGAGUGGCUCCGGAGCGCGCUGGCACAUCACCACUGCCCCGAUCCUGGCGCGGAUAACGAGAUCGUAAUCCUGGCCACCGGGAUGGACCAAUACCUGCAGGAGGUCUUCCACCACCUGGCCCACUCCAGCCGGGACGACGCGGUGUCGGCGGAGGACUUCACCGCGCUGUGCUCCGUGCUGGGACUCGCCGCCGCGGAGAAAGAAAGCAGGACGACGAAAUGGGGAGCCGGAGAUAGAGAAAAGAGCGAGGAAGACGAGGAGUUUGGGGAUGCGUGCUCCGCGCUACCCUGCCGGCUCUCCUUUAAAGACUUCCACUCGCGCCUCUGUGGGUAUUUCCGUGUGCGCAGCGCGCGCGGCAGAGGCACCGGGGAGUGCGCCGGGCGCCUGCCCGUCACCGAGGACACGGAGCUGGUGGAGAGACAGAUCCGGCUCCGGUGGCCGCGCGUCAGGCGGAGAAAAUGUGUGAGUUUUGAUCUGGCGAGGGAUCAGAACGGACCGGUUCACCGAUCGACUAAAGGUCGAACCGCAGAGGACCGCGAGUCAGAUGAGGUAGCAGCUCUAAGGGAGCUGGUGGAGGACCUCCGCUCGGCGCUGCAGGGGAGCGACGCUCGCUGCCUGGCCCUGGAGGUGGCCCUCCGGCGGGAGGGGAGCCGCACACUCCCUCCCCCCACCAGCUUUAAAACCGCAGCUUCAACCCCGACAACCUCCAUCACCCUCGACCAGGGGAAACUGGUGCCGACGCGCAGGAUUAAAGGAUACUGCAGUGGCGCCGGAGGAGACACGGCGAGGAGGGCGGCGAGGAGACGGGACAUCCGGGACCCCCUCGAGAGGGAGCUGAAGCUGAUCCGAGCCUCGCGCGACGGGCAGCUAGAGGAGGCCAUGAAGUUCAACGAGCGCCUGGAGGAGGAGCUGCGCUGGGCGUACCAGGAGGUGCGCAAGCUUCACGGGGCGGAGUCGGCGCUGAGGAAGGAGAACGCUCACAUCAGGAGGCGGGCGGAGGAGGCCAGGGAGGCUCUGAGUUUGGGGCUUCAGAGGGUUCGGACGAUCCAGGAGCAGGCUCAGUCUGUGCCGCAGCUCCAGGCCAGGGUCACCCGACUGGAGGCUGAGCUACACCAGUACAGAUCCCGCUGCACCUGCAUCCACGACCCCACCCAUCAGGAAAUGUACCCAAUCGGAGCAGCAGACGCCUGCAGCAAGACAGAGUGUCUGCAGAGAGCGGUGGAGGGGAGAGCUGCCUCCGAUGAAGAGGAGGAGGACAGAGGGACGAGGGAGGAAGGACAGUGCCGCCCGUUGGAGGUGAAGAAGCACCGACCGCACGUCUGGGGCAAAGGAUGUCAGAACCACGCGGUCCAUCAAGUUGUCUCUCAGAGUUGCCUGCACGAUAGAAACCUCAUCAGCAGGGGGCGCUGCAGCUGGAUGGGACAAAGCCAAGAGCAGCCAGAGGGGAGCACAUGCUUGGAAAAAGAAAAGAGGCCCGAGGAAGAGGAGGACAAGACGAAGACGCGUCUGUCGAUGCUGGAGGACAAACUCGCGGAUGCCCUCACACUGCUGCUGCAGCUACGCAACAAGAACGUGUCCCGCAGGGCCCUGGGGAAGAUCGUGAUGGACACUCUGGAUGUGUGCAGCAGGAGUGGAGACGGUCCGUCUCAGGUCUUGCAGGUAGCUGACGCCCUCUGUGUCCGGCUGUCCUCCAGGGAUCUCCUUGGGAUCGGAGGGGAUGACGAAGGAGGAGAGAGCAGAGAGAAACCCCUGGUUUCAUCUUCAGGGUGUAAAACCAGCAGCGUCAACCCUCUGCUCAUCUCCUGCUAGAUGAACUGUCGUACUUAUCCUUUUCCCACCUUUUAUCUUCGGCUUGUUUGCACUCAUAAAAGUGUCCCAGUUGUGGAGAUUUUGAAACUGGUUCAAUGUAUUUAAAGAUUUAUUGUAUUUACGCUCUUCGUGUUCUAUUCUGUAUCUAUUCAAUU